GGCCCGGCCCUUGCCAUGUCGCCGCUGCGGACCCCGCUCCCCGCGCGGGAACCGGUCGGCGCCGCGCGCGAGCGGAGAAGGCCGGGCGCCGUGAGCUUCGCGGACGUGGCCGUGUACUUCUCCCCGGAGGAGUGGGGCUGUCUGCGGCCCGCGCAGAGGGCCCUGUACCGGGACGUGAUGCGGGAGACCUACCGCCACCUGGGCGCGCUCGGGUUCCGUGGCACCAAGCCAGCUCUCAUCUCCUGGGUGGAGGAAGAGGCCGACCUGUGGGGCCCGGCUGCCCGAGAUCCGGAGGUGGGAGAGUGUCUGCCAGAAGCAGACGCAGCAGAUUCCAGAAACAAGGAAGAGAAAAGACAAGGAGAAGGGACUGAGGCCCUGGAGAAGAGCCUUUCUGUGGAAGCUGGGCCUCCUGGACUGAAGGCUCUAAUGCAAAGUUCUUCUGCUGGGCUCCCUUAUAGCUUGGAGCAGCCGUCCAAGGCACCUCGCCGGGGUCGCCCCCGACUCUGUGCCCACCCCCCUGUCCCAAGAGCCGACCAGCGUCAUGGCUGUUACAUGUGUGGGAAGAGUUUUGCCUGGCGCUCUACGCUGGUGGAGCACCAGUACACGCACACGGGUGAGAAGCCCUUCCGCUGCCCGGACUGUGGCAAGGGCUUCAGCCAGGCCUCCUCUCUGAGCAAGCACCGGGCCAUCCACCGCGGGGAGCGGCCCCACCGCUGCCCGGACUGUGGCCGGGCCUUCACCCAGCGCUCUGCCCUCACCACUCACCUAAGGGUCCACACGGGCGAGAAGCCUUACUGCUGUGCCGACUGCGGCCGCUGCUUUAGCCAGAGCUCUGCCCUCUACCAGCACCAGCGGGUCCACAGUGGCGAGACUCCCUUCCCCUGCCUGGACUGUGGCCGCGCCUUUGCGCAUGCGUCAGACCUUCGGCGCCACAUUCGCACGCACACAGGCGAGAAGCCCUACCCGUGCCCAGACUGUGGGCGCUGUUUCCGGCAGAGCUCCGAAAUGGCAGCCCAUCGGCGAACCCACAGUGGUGAACGCCCCUACCCCUGUCCCCAGUGCGGCAGGUGCUUCGGCCAGAAGUCAGCCAUGGCCAAGCACCAGUGGGUCCACAGGCCCGGCGCCGGGGGGCACAGGGGCCGUGGUGCCAGUGUGUUGCCUGUGCCUCUGGCCUCCAGCCAAGAGGACCUGGACCCACCUGUGGGCUUCCAGCACUACCCAGAAAUAUUCCAGGAGUGUGGGUGAUGGUCUCAAAGAUGUCCAGGCAAAGGAUGACGAUCUAGACAUUGCCUGAGGCCCAGGUUGGGCUCAGGGGCCUGAACCUUCUGAGGCAGCUCUAAGGAGGUCCCAGAAUUCCAGGCAAAAGGUGGACCUGGGGAAUGAGGACCCUUUUCUCUUAGGCCUUCACAAGUUUGAUCAGCUGCCACCUUGCUCCCUGUGGUCCCAGACCCCACACACCCCUCUGUUCCGUGAGGGCUGAGCUAAGCACAUGCACAAGACCUCCGCUGUGCAGGAGAAAAAGCUGGUUUUCCACCUAGACACGUGAAGAGGAUUGAGGCAGAAGGGAAAUUUGCUGUAUCCAUUGUCUUACUGCCGGAGUUAAAAACUGAUGGCCAUGAAUCUGGCUUGUAGCAACCUUUCACAAAUUCUUUUUGGUCCAACCAACAUUUAAAAAUGUUACAGAUCAUAGUUAAGACUUAAAAGGAUAUUUCACACAAAAAUUCAGGUUUCUGGCCUCUUUGGAAAAAGCCAAGGAUUUGACAACCGGACCCGAGCUCCCACAAAAGCACAGUUGGCAGGAGGUACAGGGCAGCUGCUUGGCCUUGCCCACUAGCCCUUCCCGGCUUCAGCCGGUGUCAGCUGGCCCUCGUCCCCGCUUGUCCUUAUCCCUGGUACAGCAGGCCCUCUCCGCUGGCCAUUUUCCCCUUGUUUUCCUGACCCGUUGGGCUCCUGUAGCCAUUUGAGUUUGCAAACUGGUGGAUAGCAUUCAUGUUCCCCUGACCCAGGGAUUCUGGGCGACGGUGCCUGUGU